ACCCUCAAGGAACACAUGAGAAUCCACACUGGAGAGAAACCAUUCAACUGCUCCCUCUGUGGUACAGCGUUUACACAGAAAGGAAACCUCAAGAUUCACAUGAGAGUCCACACUGGAGAGAAACCAUUCGUCUGCUCCGUCUGUGGUAAAGGGUUUGCAAAGAAAGGAACCCUCAAGCGACACAUGAGAAUCCACACUGGAGAGAAAUCGUUCAUGUGCUUCGUCUGUGGGAGAGGUUUCACACAUAAGGGAAACCUCAAGCAACACAUGAAAAUCCACACUGGAGAGACACCAUUUGUCUGUUGCGUCUGUGGUAAAGGGUUUGUAAGGAAAGGAAAACUCAACAUACACAUGAGAAUCCACACUGGAGAGAAACCAUUCGUCUGCUCCGUCUGUGGUAAAGGGUUUGCUGAGAAAGGAAACCUCAACAAACACAUGAGAAUCCACACUGGAGAGAAACCAUUCGUCUGCUCCGUCUGUGGUAAAGGGUUUGGUGAGAAAGGGAACCUCAAGAUACACAUGAGAAUCCACGCUAGAGAAAACUUCGGAAGACGUGACGACGGGAUUGAGGAGACCCUCGAAGUAUUCCUUCCACUGCCCGACAAUCAGCUCGACAAUCAGCUGCUCGACGUCAGCAGCCCUCCACCUGCACUUUUCGAGUUUUUGCCGCCCGAGCCGCGGCACGCCUGGUCUGCCGGUACCCGUCAGCUGCCUCAGGAGUCCCACAGGCUAACAUGGACUGCUGCAUCGGCAAUGGAGGACGAGAACAUGGUCCAUUCGGACUCAAUGUCCCCAGCCUCCCUCGGGAGCCGGGAGAAGCUCUCCCGGAGGUGGGAGUUGAAGACCUCCCGAACAGAGGGUUCAGCCAGACGUUCCCAACAGACCCUCACAGUGCGUUUGGGCCUGCCAGGCACAGACAACAGUGAGAGCCCUCUCCCCAACCUGAAGGCGCAGAGAGGCGACCCUCUCGUUCACCAGGGUGAACCCCAACACAUGGCAGCUAAGCUGGGGAGCUAUGAGCAAGCCCACACCUGCCCGCCGCCUCUUACCGAGGGCAACUCCAGCGUAGUGGAGGGUCCAGCCCCUCUCAAGGAGCUGGGUUCCAGAGCCCAAUCUGUGCGUGGAGUGGUGUGUAAAGAGGAGGUUCCCUCUGAGCAGCGGGAGCAGACCCUCAGGUUUAAACGUAAACAAAACCUCAAGCAACACAUGAUAAUCCACACUGGAGAGAAACCAUUCAACUGCUCCCUCUGUGGUACAGCGUUUACACAGAAAGGAACCCUCACGAUUCACAUGAGAAUCCACACUGGAGAGAAACCAUUUGUCUGCUCCGUCUGUGGGAGAGGGUUUGCUGAGAAAGGACACCUCAAGACACACAUGAGAAUCCACACUGGAGAGACACCAUUUGUCUGCUCCAUCUGUGGGAGAGGUUUUACACAUAAAUCAAACCUCAACAGACACAUGAGAAUCCACACUGGAGAGAAACCAUUUGUCUGCUCCGUCUGUCGUAAAGGGUUUGCUGAGAAAAGAACCCUCAACCAACACAUGAGAAUCCACACUGGAGAGAAGCCAUUCGUCUGCUCCGUCUUUGGGAGAGGUUUUAUAGAUAAAGGAAACCUCAAGCAACACAUGAGAAUCCACACUGGAGAGAAACCAUUCAACUGCUCACUCUGUGGUACAGCGUUUACACAGAAAGGAACCCUCAAGAUUCACAUGAGAAUCCACACUGGAGAGAAACCAUUUGUCUGCUCCGUCUGUGGGAGAGGGUUUGCUGAGAAAGGACACCUCAAGACACACAUGAGAAUCCACACUGGAGAGACACCAUUCGUCUGCUCCAUCUGUGGGAGAGGUUUUACACAUAAAUCAAACCUCAACAGACACAUGAGAAUCCACACUGGAGAGAAACCAUUUGUCUGCUCCGUCUGUGGUAAAGGGUUUGCUGAGAAAAGAACCCUCAACCAACACAUGAGAAUCCACACUGGAGAGAAGCCAUUCGUCUGCUCCGUCUUUGGGAGAGGUUUUAUAGAUCAAGGAAACCUCAAGCAACACAUGAGAAUCCACACUGGAGAGAAACCAUUCAACUGCUCACUCUGUGGUAAAGGGUUUACAGAGAAAGGAACCCUCAAGAUUCACAUGAGAAUCCACACUGGAGAGAAACCAUUUGUCUGCUCCGUCUGUGGGAGAGGGUUUGCUGAGAAAGGACACCUCAAGACACACAUGAGAAUCCACACUGGAGAGACACCAUUCGUCUGCUCCAUCUGUGGGAGAGGUUUUACACAUAAAUCAAACCUCAACAGACACAUGAGAAUCCACACUGGAGAGAAACCAUUCGUCUGCUCCGUCUGUGGUAAAGGGUUUGCUGAGAAAAGAACCCUCAACCAACACAUGAGAAUCCACACUGGAGAGAAGCCAUUCGUCUGCUCCGUCUUUGGGAGAGGUUUUAUAGAUCAAGGAAACCUCAAGCAACACAUGAGAAUCCACACUGGAGAGACACCAUUUGUCUGCUCCCUCUGUGGUAAAGGGUUUGCAAAGAAAGGAACCCUCAAUAUACACAUUAGAACCCACACUGGAGAGAACCUGUAG